CCCGUGGAUAGAGAUGAGUCGCAGUCGAAAGUAUUGAGACGACGUCGUACGUGCUCUGAAACAGGAGGCGAAGGGUCGAGGAGUGUCAUUUCGUGUGAUUAUACAUUCACGAAAACGAAAUUGCGCUCACCAGAUCGUGCUCGUUCAGCACAGCAAACCGCAUCGAUUUGGUCAGCGGACGAAGUGAAGUCUGAAGCUACUGCUGCUAAGCCGAUGUCUCCUGGUAAUUUUGCUUCCAUGUUCAUUAGUCACUCUCGGCACUUCCGUUUGGAAAUUAUCACAGCAAACUUAGAAGAAAAUUUCAUCAUUUGGGUGCAACAUGAAUUUCUCAUUGUUUUUACUUUGCCUAUCAGCUUUCGCAUCAUCAGUGCAACGCUGAAUCGUCGUCACUCGAAGACACUCCGUUUAUCUCGAGUUGUUCUUGCGAUAGGCAUUCGAAGGUGGUGA